GUGCCCGGUGGCCUGUCCGCGCGGAGGCCCGGCCACAGCCUGCUGAAAGUUGGGUCAGAAGUGUAUACAGUUGGCAAACUUACUGCCGGCCUCCUGCCUCAGCAACUUGUGAUUGGCGGUCGGAUAUUGAGUUGUGACCCCACAUCAAUGCACUGCCAAUGGGCCGUGUCCUGCGCUGUGGCCUCAUGGUGUAAGUGGGAAAGAUGAGCAUAAGCAGCGAUGAGGUCAACUUCUUGGUUUACAGGUACCUGCAGGAGUCGGGGUUUUCUCACUCCGCGUUUACCUUCGGCAUAGAAAGCCACAUAAGUCAGUCCAGCAUAAACGGUGCCCUCGUCCCACCUGCUGCGCUGAUCUCAAUCAUCCAGAAAGGCCUGCAGUAUGUGGAGGCAGAAGUCAGUAUUAACGAGGAUGGCACCUUGUUUGAUGGCCGACCCAUAGAGUCUCUGUCCCUGAUAGAUGCUGUUAUGCCAGAUGUGGUACAGACCAGACAACAAGCCUACAGAGACAAGCUUGCUCAGCAACAUGCAGCAGCCGCCGCAGCUGCAGCGGCCGCCACCAACCAGCAGGGGUCGGCGAAAAAUGGAGAGAACACCACAAAUGGGGAGGAGAAUGGAGCGCACACCAUCGCAAAUAACCACACCGACAUGAUGGAGGUGGACGGGGAUGUGGAGAUCCCCCCGAACAAGGCAGUCGUGCUCCGGGGCCACGAGUCUGAAGUUUUCAUCUGUGCCUGGAACCCUGUCAGCGACCUCUUGGCAUCAGGGUCCGGGGACUCUACAGCAAGAAUCUGGAAUCUCAGCGAGAACAGCACAGGUGGCCCCACACAGCUGGUGCUUAGACACUGUAUACGGGAAGGAGGACAAGAUGUGCCCAGCAACAAGGAUGUCACCUCUCUAGAUUGGAAUAGUGAAGGCACACUUCUAGCAACAGGGUCUUACGAUGGAUUUGCCAGAAUAUGGACUAAAGAUGGUAAUCUUGCUAGCACCUUGGGGCAGCAUAAAGGCCCUAUAUUUGCAUUGAAAUGGAAUAAGAAAGGGAAUUUCAUCCUCAGCGCUGGAGUGGAUAAGACUACAAUUAUUUGGGACGCGCAUACUGGUGAGGCCAAGCAGCAGUUCCCCUUCCAUUCAGCCCCGGCACUGGACGUGGACUGGCAGACCAACAACGCCUUCGCAUCGUGCAGCACGGACAUGUGCAUUCAUGUCUGCAAACUAGGACAAGACAGACCCAUCAAAACAUUCCAGGGACACACGAACGAAGUAAACGCUAUCAAAUGGGACCCGACUGGCAACCUCCUGGCCUCCUGCUCUGAUGACAUGACCUUGAAGAUCUGGAGCAUGAAGCAGGACAACUGUGUCCACGACUUGCAAGCACACAACAAAGAGAUUUACACGAUUAAGUGGAGUCCAACAGGACCAGGGACAAGUAAUCCCAACGCCAACCUUAUGCUCGCAAGUGCAUCCUUCGAUUCUACAGUUCGGUUAUGGGAUGUAGACCGAGGGAUUUGCAUCCAUACUUUGACAAAACACCAAGAGCCCGUGUACAGCGUGGCAUUCAGUCCCGAUGGCAGAUACCUGGCAAGUGGCUCUUUUGACAAAUGUGUGCACAUUUGGAACACACAGACAGGUGCUCUAGUCCACAGCUACAGGGGAACAGGUGGGAUUUUUGAAGUUUGCUGGAAUGCAGCAGGGGACAAAGUUGGAGCCAGUGCAUCGGAUGGUUCCGUUUGUGUACUAGACCUUCGGAAAUAGUGCUACUAGUUGGAAGCCAUGGACCGACUAUGAAUGUGUACAUAGCCAAAAUGACUGUCCCUGACCCACGUACUGCUAUAGUCCCACUCGAACCAUGGCCAGUCCACUGCAGCCAAAUCUAAGAGAUCUACACAUGCAGUGUAUAUAAACACAACUGUACCCCGAAGAUGACAGAGUUUCAUCACAGCUUGUGAAUUCUGUUCACCAAGUGCUGGAAUCUAAUCUGCUGUGCCCCUAAAUAGCAUUUAGAAGUUUGGAUAUGAAAAACAGAAGAGAAGAAAACACGUGUUGUGGGAGCAGGCGACACAUGCGGUUGGGAUACUGAUGACAGCCUGGUCUCCCUUCGAAUCAGCAGACACCAUGGAUUAUCUUCUUUUUUCCCUCCGUAGUGAGCAGUUUGUAUGUACAGAGAAAAUGGACUUACAAAAACUUGCAGUAGUUUGUUCUCGCUUUCCAAGUUUGUUUUUGAUUUAGAGUUCGGAUGCAUGAAGUAAGGGAGUGAAUCAGUUUCUUGCUUUUAUUUUUCUCCUUUUAAACAACAACAAAAAAAUCUUAAAAAUAUUUUUAAUGCAUUCUUUUGAAAAGGUAGAAGUUUGGUACAUUUUAUGGCUCCCAGAGCAUAUGUUCAAUUGGUGCACAGGGGGUGGGAAUUAGGGAAACACGUGGCUUUGGUCACAUCAAUCUGCAGACACGUCAGCAAAGCACCAGCUCUUGUUCUCUGGGCUUUUUCUUUUUUUUUUUUCCCCUUUUUUGGUGAUGUGGCUUGAAUAUAAUUUCUUUUGGAGGACAUAUUUCUGCCAAUUAAAGACUAGAAGGGCACAAAAUGGUUUUGUUUUAUAUUACCAUAGAGAAGAUACAUUUAAAAAAAAAUCUUCUGAUGCUCUGUAGCCAUAAACUAAAUUAUGGUUAAAAUGUGCACUAUUGUGAAAAGGAGCAAAGUAGUCUGGGGCUUUUUUUUUUUUGUUUGUCUGUCUGUUUGUUUUGCUUUGUUUUUUAAGAGAUUAAAAUGUUUCUGGAUAAGGAUUAGCUUCUCCAAGUGUCCGUCAUUCUGUGUAGAAGCUUAAAUAUGUAACCAGACUCCAGUAUUAAAAAUCUCUCAUGUUAUUUUUCUUUCUACAAAGCAAGAUAACAAUACAUAACACUGCCAUCACAUGGCAACAUGUUUGCUACCCCUUAGUUUUUAAAACAACCUUUAAAAGACUUGCUUUCGAGGUGUUUUUGAAAAGCAGUGAUUCGGCAUUUAGGGGAAAACUGUAACUGCAGCGACCCUGCUCCAGCUCUGCAUCUGUGGCCUGGGCUGCACUGUUUCCGAUACACAGAGAUGUAAGCUGCUGUUCUUUUUCCAGUAAUCACUACUGUGCCGUGUCUUUUACUCUGUUCAUAUCAGAUAUUUUCUUAAAGAUAUAGAUACCCAGUCAGAUCUCUUGUGCUCAUGCAGCUAAAAGUAGAAUCUCCCUGAGGCCGUGUUUGGGUGAGUGGCCAGCAGGAUUGUCCGUUCUGAAGAGAACAGUUGUCAAGUUCAUAUCUUUUCAUUUUUAAUUAAGAAAUUGCUUAUUAUUGAGCUCAGCAAAUUUAUAACACUAUUUCUGUCACUAGCUAUUUUGAGGCCUUUUACCACUAAAAUCUUCCCCUGCAUUCUGAGUGGAAGCAGAUUGAACCCAGGCACUGCAGCUCUGAUUUUUCAGCACCUGUACUUUUGUUUGUUUGUUUGUUUUCAAUUAUAUAUAUAUAUUAUAUAUGUUAUAUAAUAUAUAUAUGUAUUAUAUAAUAUCAGCCUUGAUUGAAGCAAGUCCUAAUUUCACUAAGGUAGGGUAGUAUUUGCUUCUGGUAACGAGAGAAUAAACACACUGCAUCUCACUAUCCUUGUCCUGUGUGCCCCGGUUCCUGUGAGUGGGGACUGUGAUACUGUAAUAAUACUAUUAAAAUUUACAUCCAGAGCGGCAGUCACCAUGAUGACUUUGUGCCAGCUGUUUCGGGGUUUGGGGUCACCUCGGAGAUACUGAGAACUCACCCCAUGACUUAUAUCAGAAGCCUGGAGUGCUGAGCGUCUGGCACAGACGGUCUUCCUCCUGUCGCUGGUCCGCACCCGUGGACCUCUGUUGUUUAAAAAAAUCUAAGAAAAAUAAAAAAAAUCUGUGCAAUAACUUUUAAAUGUGUUCCCCAGGAAUAGACACAAACGUUCUGAGUGUACCUGAGCUGCAGUUUCCUUGAGUAAUGAAUUUGUCAAUUGCACUGAAUUUAAACCUGAGAGUCGGAGGUGAUUGUUGAUAGUACUUUUGUAUUUUGAUAUGGACAUUUGAUUCAUUUGCAUAGACAUUGAGAUUCUUCCCAACUGAUUAAAAGACAGUCACAAGUUUCUGCAGUGUAGCUGUCAAGUGGGCAGCUGUGUCUUAUGAUAUUGUCACGUGUCCUGUUGAGGUGUUUGUGUCUGUUUGCUCAUUUGGUCCCCCCGCCUCAGUUCUUUAGCUCUUUUAUUUCAGUAUACUGGCCGUGAUAGGACGUGUAAGAGAAUAGCAACGCAGAGCUUUAUUCUGGAGUCUCGGGUCUUUUCCACGCAGACUGGCUGCAGGUGUCUGUAGGGUGGUUCUUCACAAACGGAGAACUGUUGGCUUAGCUGCUGUUCGUCGCCUGCUGACGUGCCACGAUGCUGCUCCACAGCCCCCAUACCACUGUCUCCACCUGAGCAGUCAGUGAGGACAGGAGCCCACGUUUCCCAGCAUGCACAGCUCUAUCUCGGGGGCUCUUUCUUUCCCUCUUGCUUUUUCCUGAGAACUUAUUCCUGAAGAUCCACUGGAUCCCGUAGGCUUUUGGCACCCAUCGUAGAUCGUUGUUUUAUGUGCUACUGUAAGAAAUGUAAUCAUAAGAAGGGGGAGGAAACUUGAAUGCCACGUGAUUAAAGAGCAGCUGCCACUCUUAACAGGCAGGAGGGAGUCUGGUCCUCUCUGUGUGGGAGAUCAGGGCAUAGAUUUCCUCCAUCCCAUUUCAUGAUCAGGUCAUACCCUUGACUUGUGGAUGACUUCAGGAGUGGUAACUGAUAAUGUCCGAAUAGGUCUUAGAGUGUAGCAAAUUCUGUUUUAAUGAGUUGUUCUCUAGGUAAGUAUGUCUUAGGGUCAAACACCUUUUACAGAUACUGAAAGUGCCUCCUUUUGUGGUGUAGAAAACAAAUUAUGGUGCAAAAAGUCAUCACCAGAUUGAAUCUCAUGGUUUUUUGCUUUUUGACAUAAAAAAUGUCAAGAGACAGGCCAAAGAUUUGUACUUUCCACUUAUAAAACACUCCUUUUUUCCUUAAAAUUCUUUCUUGUCAAAUUAGAUUUAAUGAGAGAGUACUAUUUUUAAGGAGCUAUCUGUUUAUGUAGAAUGAUUCUGUUAGAAUAUUGUAGGCUAUAAAUGAGGACUAGGGGCCUGCAGUGACCUGCAGAGGCCUGGGCAUUUUUGCCAUUUAAAGGAAUCACAGAUGAGCACGCUUCUGCACACACCUGACAAGCCUGACAGGACACACGUGGGAGAAUACACGGAUGCAGUGCUGCUUUUUACUCUUUAAGACCAUUUUCAUUUUCGUAAGCACAUCACACAUUUCCUCAAAACCUGGAAACUCCCGUGCUGAGAGCAGCAUCUGCCCUGCACCUGGUGAGUCCGUCAGUUUCCUCAGAAUCCCUGCUCCGUGGACCAACAUUGUGGCAUGCCAGGAACAGCCAACACCUGAGGGCGCAGCAGCCUACAGAGACCCUGGGGUGGUUUUUGUUUGUUUUUGGUCCUCCCCCCCACUUCUCUGAAUCAGCAGGGAGGGAAGGGGAGGUGUGAACUCCUACCAGUAUAGCUCUGAAGUGUCAGGUUCACUACCUGUUUUUUAAAAACAUGAUCCUAGUUAAACAGAAGAGAGGAAGCGUUUAGUUCUUUGAGACACUGAUUUAGAAACUCCAUCGUGUCUUCUGUCUGGUUCUAAGCUGUCAGUAGAAUUCUUUACUUCCACCCUUUCUGCAGCCAUGUUGGAGCAGGGGUGGUUAACUAGGCAUCUUUUUCCUGGCAAGCGGUUUCAUGUUUUCUUUGGAAUUCGGGAUAAGUUCAAGGAAGUAUUCUGCAUGUUUUAUCUAUCUGGUGUGCUUUUCCAUCUCGUCACAAACCACCAGGCAGGCUGUGCUGCCGUCCUUCAGGACUGAAGCGGCUUCUUCUCUCCUGACUUUGACAUUGUAGCUCUAUAUAAUGUUCUCAUUUUGGUUUUGGCAAAUCCUUUGGGUCUAAUUCUGUGAGCCUACCUAUAGCACUGGAUGAAAAUGUCUGCAUCUUUUCUUUAGUUAUCCAGUAACUUUAAAGGUGUUGUACAAGUGUAAACCAGCCCAUGACAAUUUUUUGUACAUGUUAAAGAACUUUUGUUGUUCACUUUCCAUGAUGGUUUAUAAGGAUGACUGAUAAGAUGUCUCUGCUCUCCUGGACCAUGUCAAUGAUACUCACGAUGUACUUUGGUUCCACAUCACAGUGAUUUGUCCCCACUGACCUUUGGCCCUUCCCAGGCACAGUUUUUGUGUGUUGUUGCAGUUCUCCCCUUGCGUUGUAUUGCUUUGACAACUGUAAUUUGAAUCAGAUCUGAAAGAGGUCCAGAAUAAAAUAUAUUUUGAUAUUA